AUGGUCAUGAAAAUUUCCCUUAUUUUGGUCCUCUUUACAGUUUUCUGCGUCACUUUCAAAACAUACGCUGAAGUAGAUGCUCCAAAUGAUCACAACAAUGAUCCAACUCUCACCAACGAAGAAUUUCACAUGAAAGCAAAAAGUUCAGAACCUACAAGAUUGAAUGAGGAAGAUGAAGAUUAUGACAUAUCAGCAAAUCCUCACAGAAGGUCAACAAAAUUACACCUAAGGCGCAGGCCAAUGAAUCAUGGCGACGUGCCUAAAACACAUGCACUGGACUCAGCAAUCAGGGAUUUGAUCAGAAUUCAGACUCUUCAUAGAAAAGUAACAGAGAAAAAGGAGAGUAUCACCAUCCAGCAGCAGAAGAACCCUUCUAAUGCUUUAAUAGCAUCAUUGGAAUCUUCUAAAGGUGAGUUUUCAGGUAACAUCAUGGCAACCUUGAAGUCUGGGGCCUCUCUUGGCACAGGAGAGUAUUUCGUAGACAUGUUCGUGGGAACACCUCCUAAACAUGUUUGGUUGAUACUUGACACUGGCAGCGACCUCAGUUGGAUUCAAUGUGAUCCAUGUUAUGAUUGUUUUGAUCAAAACGGACCCCAUUAUAAUCCCAAGUACUCUAGUUCUUAUAGGAACAUAAGCUGCUAUGAUCCCCGGUGCCAACUGGUCUCUUCCCCGGACCCUCUUCAACGCUGCAAAGUUGAAAACCAAACAUGUCCUUACUUCUAUGACUAUGCAGAUGGUUCAAACACUACAGGAGAUUUUGCACUAGAAAAAUUUACUGUAAACCUCACCUCGACUAAUGGGGAGGAAAAGUUUAAAAUGGUAGUGGAUGUUACGUUUGGUUGUGGUCAUUGGAAUAAAGGCUUUUUUCAUGGAGCUGCUGGAUUGCUAGGACUUGGGAGAGGACCUCUCUCCUUUUCCUCACAGCUUCAAUCUAUCUACGGUCACUCAUUUUCUUAUUGUCUCACUGACCUAUUCAGCAACACAAGUACUAGCAGCAAAUUGGUCUUUGGAAAGGACAAUGAGCUAUUGAACAAUCACAACAUGAACUUCACUUCAUUGCUCGCAGGAGAAGAAAUUCCGGAUGAUACAUUUUACUAUCUUCAAAUAAAGUCCAUCAUGGUUGGUGGGGAAGUGCUUGAUAUUCCAGAACAAACUUGGCAUUGGUCAUCAGAAGGUGCUGCUAGUGGUGGUGCAAUUAUUGAUUCAGGCUCUACCUUGACUUUUUUCCCUGACUCGGCCUAUGAUAUUAUCAAAGAAGCGUUUGAGAAGAAAAUUAAACUGCACCAAAUUGCUGCAGAUGAUUUUAUUAUGUCCCCAUGUUACAAUGUGUCAGGAGCACUUCAAGUGGAGCUGCCUGACUUUGAGAUUCAUUUUGCAGAUGGGGCUGUUUGGAAUUUCCCUGCAGAAAACUAUUUCUACCAAUAUGAACGUGAUGAAGUUAUUUGCUUGGCAAUUCUGAAGACUCCUCAUCACUCUCAUUUCACAAUAAUUGGAAACUUACUGCAGCAGAAUUUUCACAUUCUGUAUGAUAUGAAAAGGUCUAGGCUGGGAUAUUCUCCAAGGAGGUGUGCUGGGGUUUAG